AUGGAUAUGGCGGGCAAUGUGCACGAUGUGCAGUGGAGGCUGGACGAGGCCGGGUACUUCUUUCGUCUUCUCCCCUUUCCGUUACAAGAAAACACAUUCCAGAAUCCAGAUCACAAAUUCACAAUUCUCCAUGAUGGACGCCGGCGGCGAGACUGCGGCCCUCCCCACCGCCUGGGCCUGCCCCUCCACCCCCGCCGCACGCCGAAGCAUGUGGUCCCGUACCUUCCUCUCCACCACUUCUCCUCCAAGCUGACGAUCUCCCCACUCCGCGCGAGCGAUGAAGGCGACGACGAGACGACGCCCGGCCUCAUCUCGCCGGCGACGGAGGCGCUGGGCAAAGAAGACCUCCUCGCCGAGAUCCUCGCCCGUCUUCCCACGCAGCCUUCCUUGAUCCUUCACGCCUCCAUCGUCUCCAAGCGCUGGGGUCGCCUCGCCGCAUCCGCCGCCUUCCGCCGCCGCUUGCGCGACCACCACCGCAAGCCCCCUGUCCUGGGCGCAUUCGAGAGGGAUGGGAAGAAGCUCCUCUUCAUCCCUGCCCUGGACUCUCCAGAUCGCAUCCCCGGAGAGAGGUUCUCCUUGCAGGUCUGCGCCGACGACGCCACCAAUGACCACUGGGGCGUGCUCGGCUGCCGCCAUGGGCGCGUCCUCAUCAUCAACCGAACGCGGUGUGAGCUCGUGAUGUUCGACCCCGUCUCCGGCGACCGCUGCAUCGUGCUGUUUCCGCCGGAUUUCGACCAGCACACGUACAACGCCAACAGAGCUUUGAUCGGCGACGAGCAGCUCCGGUCCAGCGCAUUUCAGUUGGUCUUGGUAGGCUUUUCUGCCAAUGGCGGCGCAGGGGUUACCGCGGCCCGCGUCUACUCCUCGGAGACCGGUGAGUGGGGACAACCCAUUGCUGCAGCGAGACCAUGUGCUGUUGGCCAUCUCCCCUGCACACUCAUUGGCAAGAGGCUCUACUGGUGGCUCACUGAGCGUGACCAUGGUAUACUGGAGUUCAACAUGGAUGCCAAGAGCCUAGCUGUGAUCAGCAAGCCGUCCAUUGAAAACAUCCACAGCUGCCGGAGCAGGAUCAUCAGUGGCGAGGAUGGCGGUGUUGGACUCGUCGUAUUCUCGUACCCUAGCUUGCAAAUGUGGGACCGUAAGAUCAGUGACCGGGGUGUCGCGACAUGGGUGCUGCGGAAGACAGUUGACAUGCGUGGCAAGCUUGCUCUGCCGUCUAACAUGGAGGCAAGGAAAUCGACUAUUCUGGGGUACACUGAGGAUGCGGAUGCGGUUAUUAUAUCAGUGCACACAUUCCCCUGGGUGCAGAAGGGCGACAUUUAUGUCUUCCUGCUUCAACUCGACUUAAUGCAGUGCAAGAAACUGCAAGGAAGAUUUAUGGAAAAUUUGUAUCACCCCUACGCAAAUUUCUACGCCGGCCCGACGGCGCUCAAACUUCUUGGUCAUCUAGACAGUGAUGGGGAUGCUGCUGUACCACAAGCGUAAUGGCCAGUGCAUCAUGUUACCAGUCAAGCUACCUAGGAUCGAGUCUCCCCAAUUACUUUAUAUGCAACGCUGAGAGGCGGCUCUUCCCCACUUGGUCGCAUUUGUGGUAAUACUUAUCAUCAUGUCUCAUGUUCGUUUUGUUGUUGGCUUUUGGAGCCUUGUGUUGGCUGCAAGAUGUGAAUUUCUGUUAAACUGGCCGUGUGUGUACUUUGUGUUGAGGGUAUGUGUUUGAACUCAG